GUUCACAGCCGAAAACACCUCACCAGAGCAAAAAGAUGGCCCCACAACAGCGAAUCCGCAUUGCCAACGAGAAGGCCAGCAAGAACAUUACGAUGCGUGGCAACGUGCCCAAAUCGUCGAAAAACACCGAAGAAAAGUAUCCGGUCGGACCGUGGCUACUGGCCCUGUUCAUUUUCGUCGUGUGCGGUUCGGCGAUAUUCCAGAUCAUUCAAUCGAUUCGCAUAGCAUAAGGUGUGUGGGGUGA